UAAUGGCACCGCAAGCCCGACAAGCAGCCUGUACGAGGCGGUGCUACGAACCUGCUCCUACAUUGUAGUGAGCAGAGCAGAUGCUUGAGGCACGAUGGAGCUGGUGAUGGCGUUGUGGCCGUUCGAAGGCCCUCCACCGGACGACGACAACAACGAACCGCAUCACCAGAACAGAGGAACAACCAUCAAAAUGGUGCCUACAGCGUCACCAAAGUCAUUGGCGGUCAAUUGGAGGACCUCAAACAGCGUGGUGCUCGCAGCCUUUGCCUAGGGGACAGCAUUCUCAUGGCGGUCAAGUGGAGG